AAGGGCAGUCCCCGGGCCUCCCCAGCUUGGCUCCCGGCAGCGCGGGGAUGGCAGCGGCGGCGACCGCGGCUCCGGGAGCCCCAGGGAUGGACACCCGGCUGGACCAGGAGACGGCGCGGUGGCUGCGAUGGGACAGGAAUCCUUUAACUUUGGAGUCAGCGAAACAACUAAUUGCGGAUGGUAAUAAAGAAGAACUACAGAAAUGUUUUGGGGCUCGAAUGGAGUUUGGGACAGCCGGCCUUCGAGCUGCUAUGGGAACGGGAAUUUCUUAUAUGAAUGACUUGACUAUCAUCCAGACCACACAGGGAUUUUGCAGAUACCUGGAAAAGCAAUUCAGUGACCUGAAGCAAAGAGGUGUUGUGAUUAGCUUUGAUGCUCGAGCUCAUCCACCAAGUGGAGGCAACAGCAAAAGAUUUGCCCGACUAGCUGCAACCACAUUUAUCACUCAAGGGAUUCCUGUGUACCUCUUUUCUGGUAUAACCCCAACCCCCUUUGUGCCCUACACGGUAUUGCAUUUGAAACUUUGUGCUGGAAUCAUGAUAACUGCCUCCCACAAUCCAAAGCAGGAUAAUGGGUACAAGGUCUACUGGGACAACGGAGCUCAGAUCACUUCUCCUCAUGAUAAAGGGAUUUCUCAAGCUAUUGAAGAAAAUCUGGAGCCAUGGCCUCAAGCUUGGGAUGAUUCUUUAAUUAAUGGCAGUCCACUGCUUCAUGACCCGAGUGCUUCCAUUAACAAGAGCUACUUUGAAGACCUUAAAAAAUACUGUUUUCACAGGAGUGUGAACAGGGAGACGAAGUUGAAGUUUGUGCACACCUCUGUCCAUGGCGUGGGUCAUGAGUUUGUGCAGUCGGCUUUCAAGGCUUUUGGCUUUGCUCCUCCUGAGGCAGUUCCCGAACAGAAAGAUCCCGAUCCUGAGUUCCCAACAGUGAAAUACCCGAAUCCUGAGGAGGGUAAAGGUGUCUUGACUUUAUCUUUUGCCUUGGCUGACAAAACCAAGGCCAAAAUCGUUUUAGCAAAUGAUCCGGAUGCUGAUAGACUUGCUGUGGCAGAAAAGCAAGACAGUGGUGAAUGGAGAGUGUUUUCAGGCAACGAGUUGGGGGCCCUCUUGGGCUGGUGGCUUUUUACUUCUUGGAAAGAAAAGAACCAAGAUCACAGUGCCCUCAAAGACUUAUACAUGUUGUCGAGCACCGUCUCCUCCAAAAUCUUGCGAGCCAUUGCCUUAAAGGAGGGCUUUCACUUUGAGGAAACACUUACUGGCUUUAAGUGGAUGGGAAACCGAGCCAAACAGCUAAUAGACCAGGGGAAGAAUGUCUUAUUUGCCUUCGAAGAAGCUAUUGGAUACAUGUGCUGCCCUUUUGUCCUGGACAAGGACGGAGUCAGCGCUGCGGUCAUCAGCGCAGAGUUGGCUAGCUUUCUAGCAACCAAGAAUCUGUCUUUGUCUCAGCAGCUAAAGGCCAUCUAUGUUGAAUAUGGUUACCAUAUUACCAAAGCUUCAUAUUUUAUCUGCCAUGAUCAAGGCACCAUUAAGAAAUUAUUUGAAAACCUUAGAAACUAUGAUGGGAAGAAUAAUUAUCCAAAAACUUGUGGCAGAUUUGAAAUUUCUGGCAUUAGGGAUCUUACAACUGGCUAUGAUGAUAGCCAACCUGAUAAAAAAGCUGUUCUCCCAACUAGCAAAAGCAGCCAAAUGAUCACCUUUACCUUUGCUAACGGGGGCGUGGCCACCAUGCGGACCAGUGGGACCGAGCCCAAAAUCAAGUACUAUUCAGAACUGUGUGCCCCCCCUGGAAAUAGUGAUCCCGAGCAGCUGAAGAAGGAACUAAAUGAACUAGUCAGUGCUAUUGAAGAACAUUUUUUCCAGCCACAAAAGUACAACCUGCAACCAAAGGCAGAGUAAAAUAUUCCAGCCUUGGGCAUAAUUACAAUUAAGCAGUGUUUUUGAGGACCAAAUGACUUAAACAAUCGCUACAAGUAUUUAUAUAUUUUUUAAUAGACCUACAUUUCUUAUGGUUCUAUUUUUGACCUUUAAGAUGAAUAAAGAAAAGAUGGCCAAAGCUAACAAACCAACAUUCCUAUUAAAUGGUGGAGCCUGGGCAUUAUCUGAAUUCAAAAAUGAAAAUUUUAAAAAUAGCUAACUUUCUUUACAAUAACAUAUUGUAAUUAAUAUGCUUUAAUUAGAAUAAAUAACAAAUGUGUCUCCUCUA